AUGGCCGGAAAGCACUGCCGGAGGUUGGGCGACGGCGAUCGUCACGCUUCUGCUCAUCUCCUGGCAGCUCCUCCGACUCCUAUCUUCCCGGAGGAUCCCGAGGGCCUCCACCGCUCGGGCUUCGUUGGAAGACUCGACGUUGACGGAGAGUUCGGAAGGAGUCGAUUCUGCGUUCAAAAAGAGUUUUUUUUUCCCCCGGUUAUCCAAACUCUGUAUGGAUCUUGUUGCAGGGUAUCUCAGAUCAUAUCCGAUGAUGAUUUGAGAGACUUGAUUAUUAGCUUGGACGAGAAUCUCGAACGGGACGAUAGAUGGGAACAUGUGAUUGAAAAAAACAAUGAUCUUGUGUCUUACAAAGCCAUCUGCUACAGGCCAAAAGAAGGACCAUUGAAAUAUCAUAGUGUUACAACAUUUGCGAACUGUACCACGGAACUUCUUAGAGAUUUCUAUAUGGAUAAUGAAUACAGAAAAGUGUGGGACAAGAUUCUAAUCCAGCAUAAGCAGCUACAGGUCGAUGAAAAUAGUGGGAUGGAGAUCGGGUGUUCAGUAAAGAAAUUCCCUCUCCUUACACCAAGAGAAUAUGUAUUAGCUUGGCGAAUCUGGGAAGGAAAAGACAAAACCUUCUAUUGUCUUAUUAAGGAUUGUGAGCAUCCUCUAGCUCCACAUCAAAAGAAAUAUGUACGGGUUCAUUUUUACAAAUCGGGUUGGUGUAUAAGAAAAGUUCCUGGUAGGGAUGCCUGUGAGAUAACAGUGGUGCAUCAAGAAGAUUCUGGUCUCAAUGCUGAGAUGGCAAAACUAACGUUUGCCAAAGGAAUAUGGAGCUUUGUGUGUAAGACAAACAGUGCAUUGCGUGAAUACCCCUCUCAUCCCAGUCGUGCAGUAUUUGUCCCUGCUCUUCUUCGACUUAUUAAAAAGGUGCCAUCAGAUUUCGAGGCUGACAUCCAGACUAGUACCCAUGAAAUUACAGAGAACUCAAGCAAUGACCAUGGAAGACAAAGCAAGGUGGAUGUUCCUGAUAAGAAACCGAUAAGUGCGACAACAAAGUGGAUAGCAAAUGGGCUUCUGAUUGUUGGCGGCAUUCUUUUCCUUUCGCGAGGUCGCACUACUAUUGCCACUCAGCUAGCCGCCGUGUGCAUGCUGAAUAAGUUUAUGCAUCGUGGGGAGUUGGACCAGGUUGAUCAUAACAGGUUCAGACCAUAUAAGCGGAAAGUCAGACAUAUUGGUUUAGUUUCACUGAUCGUUGAUGAAGCUUCUGGGGCCUGACCAGCCUUGCCAGUCUCAGAUUGCUACUGCAUUAACAUUCAUGUGUUCUUUCUUAUCAUCAUCAAAAUAUAUAUAUAUAUAUAUAUAAUUUUGGCAUAAUGUACACAAUUUUGGCAAUAAUGUACAGAGAAAGAAAGCAGUUUAUUUA